CUGCCCGCCGCCCCGGCCCCUUCCCCCGCCGGGGCCCCUCGGCCCGACCAUGGCCACCAGGAAGGCGGGCUCGCGGCUGGAGAUGGAGAUCGAGCGGUGCCGCUCCGAGUGCCAAUGGGAGCGGAUUCCCGAGCUCGUCAAGCAGCUCUCGGCCAAGCUCAUCGCGAACGAUGACAUGGCAGAGCUUCUUCUUGGGGAAUCCAAACUCGAACAAUAUUUGAAGGAAAAUACUCUCAAACACAGUAACAGUCCCCGGGGCCCCCAGCCAAAGCUGACCGAGGUCAGGAAACAUCUCACGGCAGCACUUGAUAGGGGUAAUCUCAAGCCAGAAUUCCUACAAGAAGCCAACCUAAUAAUGGCCAAAUUAAACUAUGUGGAAGGUGAUUACAAAGAAGCUCUGAACACAUAUGCUAGAGUUGGUGUCGAUGACUUGCAGCUGACUGCAGUGGCACCGUAUCGGCUGCGGAUGAUUGCUGAAGCGUAUUCUACAAAGGGUCUCUGUCUUGAGAAGUUGCCAAUAUCUUCCUCAGCAAGCAAUCUCCAUGUGGACCGAGAACAAGAAAUUGUCACAUGCUAUGAGAAGGCUGGGGAUAUUGCUCUCCUCUACCUUCAGGAGAUAGAAAGGGUAAUUAAUGCCAACAUACAGAACAGAAGCCCUAAGCCAGGGCCCACUGCACACGAGCAAGAGCUUGGUUUUUUCCUGGAAACAGGACUUCAGAGAGCACAUGUUCUAUAUUUCAAGAAUGGGAACUUGACAAGAGGAGUUGGUAGAUUUAGAGAGUUACUAAGAGCUGUCGAAACAAGAACUACACAAAACCUGCGAAUGACAAUAGCAAGACAACUUGCAGAAAUUUUGUUACGAGGUAUGUGUGAACAGAGUUACUGGAAUCCCCUGGAAGAUCCUCCUCACCAAUCACCCCUUGAUGAUCCACUGCGAAAAGGUUCCAAUAUGAAGAAUUAUGCACUCAGUAGGAGACCACGGGUAUACACUGGAGAGAACAUCUUCUGUCCUCAAGAAAAUACAGAAGAAGCCUUACUGUUGCUGCUUAUUAGUGAAUCUAUGGCUAACCGUGAUGCUGUACUGAGCAGAAUACCAGAGCACAAGAAUGAUCGCAUCAUCAGUUUGCAAAGUGCAUCUGUAGUCUAUGAUUUACUUACAAUAGCCUUGGGAAGAAGAGGCCAGUAUGAAAUGCUUUCAGAGUGUUUAGAAAGAGCCAUGAAGUUUGCAUUUGAAGAAUUCCAUCUCUGGUAUCAGUUUGCAUUGUCCUUGAUGGCAGCAGGAAAAUCUGCUCGAGCUGUUAAAGUCUUGAAGGAAUGUAUACGUUUGAAACCAGAUGAUGCAACAAUUCCACUCCUUGCUGCAAAGCUCUGCAUGGGAUCUCUGCACUGGUUGGAAGAAGCUGAAAGGUUUGCCACAGCAGUUGUUGAUCUCGGGGACAAAACAUCAGAGUUCAAAGCUAAAGGCUACUUGGCACUGGGAUUGACUUACAGUCUGCAGGCUACUGAUGCGUCUUUGCGAGGGAUGCAAGAGGUCUUGCAGAGAAAGGCUCUUCUUGCAUUUCAGAGGGCUCACAGUUUGUCUCCAACAGAUCACUUGGCAGCAUUCUACUUGGCACUGCAGCUUGCCAUUUCCAGACAGAUACCAGAAGCUUUGGGUUAUGUUCGUCAGGCUCUGCAGCUACAAGGAGAUGAUGCCAACUCUCUUCAUCUCCUUGCACUCUUGCUAUCAGCCCAGAAACAUUAUCAUGAUGCUUUGAAUAUCAUUGAUAUGGCCUUGAGUGAAUAUCCAGAAAAUUUUAUAUUGCUGUUUACAAAAGUCAAAUUGGAAUCCCUAUGCAGAGGCCCAGAUGAAGCACUCCUUACCUGUAAACACAUGCUCCAGAUUUGGAAAUCCUGCUACAAUCUAACUAACCCAAGUGAUUCUGGACGUGGGAGCAGCUUGUUAGACAGAGCUAUUGCUGACAGACGACAGCUCAAUACAAUUACAUUCCCAGAUUUCAGUGAUCCAGAUACAGGCUCAGUCCAUGCCACAUCAAUAGCAGCUUCCAGAGUGGAGCAAGCAUUGUCCGAGGUUGCCUCUUCCCUGCAAAGCAGUGCCCCUAAACAAGGUCCCCUGCAUCCUUGGAUGACUCUGGCUCAAAUAUGGCUACAUGCAGCUGAAGUCUACAUAGGAAUUGGGAAGCCUGCUGAGGCUACAGCAUGUACCCAGGAAGCAGCUAAUCUCUUUCCAAUGUCACAUUAUGUUCUCUACAUGAGGGGUCAGGUGGCUGAACUGCGUGGAAACAUUGAUGAAGCCAAACGCUGGUAUGAAGAGGCCUUAUCCAUUAGUCCUACCCAUGUGAAAAGCAUGCAGAGGCUGGCUCUGAUCCUUCACCAGCUUGGGCGCUACAGCUUGGCAGAGAAGAUUCUCAGAGAUGCUGUGCAGGUGAACUCCACAGCCCACGAGGUGUGGAACAGCCUGGGAGAGGUGCUGCAGGCCCAGGGCAAUGACGAUGCCGCCACCGAAUGCUUCCUGACAGCGCUGGAGCUCGAGGCCAGCAGCCCCGUGGUCCCUUUCACCAUCAUCCCCAGGGUCCUGUGAGAGGGCUCUCCAUCAACAGAUUUUUGGUCUUGACUUCUGGGUGAGCAAACCCACUGUGUGAGACUGCCUGGUAACUGGUUAGUUGGGGAAACUUGAGAGCUACAGGUAACAAACUCCACUCUUUUGUGGGGAAGUGGCCAAAGCAGGGAGGUGCCACCAUAUGUUGAUGUCAGGCUGAGAGGACAGAGUGGUGAGCCAGAGCCAAAUCACUCUUAUUGCCUGCAGUUUUGCCCUGGUAGUUUUAAAACAUCGUUAUAUUGUUCAUGGAUGAUGUGCCAUAUUUUGUUAGUGAAACUUGAGUGUUACAUAAAAUUAUAAUGGAAUCAACUACCAAUUGUAGAAUAAGUUAAGAUUCAGUGGCAGAGCAGACUAUUUUUAACAAGGCUGUUAAUAAAACUGUUCUCUUCCUGCCUCUCAACCUCUUUUGGCCCAAAGUCAAAAUGUGAAUUUUCUGUUUCCAUCUCUAUUUUAGUCCAGGCCAGAAAAUCAGUUGAGUUCUUGUUUUUAGUUGUUAAUAACUGUGAUGUGUGGCUAACUGUUAUCUAGAGCAAAGGCUGAGUACAAGAAUAUUUAUAUUUUACCAAUGUAUGCCUGUUACAAAAAAAAUAUAUUAGUUAUUUAAGUUUAACUUUUUUAUGUGAAUUCAGAGUUUAUUUAUCAAUGGAAAUAUGUAAAAAGAAGCCUCAAAUGGAAUAUUUACCGACAUUCCUUAUACAUGAACCCAGACUUGGCUUAAUGGGAAGAUUAUGUUAAUAAUAAAAUGAUUUUUAAAUGGAA